GGUCGAUCCAUGCGCCAAAGUAGGAGGAGGAGGAGGAGAAGGGAAAAAAACUCCAUUCGCCGUAUCUCUCUCCUCUGUGUUGGAAAAAAAAAAAAAAGGAAAAAAUUUUGAGGAAAAAUAAAAGAUUUGAUCUCUAAUGAGAUUAGGGUUUAUCUACGAUCGACGUAGAAGCCAAUUUCGGGAUUUUUUUUAAUGUUUCUUUUCUUUUUUUUUUGAUGCGAUAAGAAUUCCUUACAAUGGCUCUGCUCUUGUGUUCUUCGCAAUCUUUUAGUGGAAGUCAAAAUUUCUCCUUGUUUGUUGCAUUAUAGCUCAAAUUGGGGUAUGGGUUUCGUGUAAUCGACGAAAAAGUCGAAACCUGUGAGGAAAAAUUACCCUAAGUUUCUCCCCGAUAGGGUUCGUCGCCAUGGGGGAAGAAGCUACGGGGGAGGAGAAAAGGAGGGUUUUUGCUUCGAGCGAGGGCUUGUUCCAGAGAGAUUUGCUGCGGCGAUUCGCGGCGAGAAGCUCCGGCGAGGAGGAGAGCUCGGAGCCGAUCUCGGGAGGCGACUCCGACGAGAUCGAGCUCUCCCUCGGCCUCUCCCUCGGCGGGCGCUUCGGCGCGGAGAGCCCGCAUAGAAACCCGCUCGUGCGGUCGUCGUCCAUCGCCUCGCUCACCUCGCUCCCCGCCGCUGCGGACGCGGCCGCGCCCGCACCGAGCCCCCUUAUGCGGACGUCCUCGCUCCCCACGGGCGCGGAGGAGGAGCAGCGGAGGAAGAGGAGAGAGGCGCAGAGCCUGAAGCGAUUGGAGGCGAAGAGAAAGCGAUUGGAGAGGCGAAACUCGAUCAAAACGGGGGCUUUAACGAAGGACCAACAACAAUUUUUGGGGGAAAAAUUGGAUUUUGAGGCCACGGAUGGGGUUUUUGCAAACAAGGUUGUGGGUAAAUUUGAGGUUAGUGGGUGCCCGGGGUUUAUGGGCAAUGGCCAAUAUUGGGGAAGGGCGAACGGGGUUGCUCCCGCGCGCCUGCCCGGUCUUUUCCGGGCAGCUUCUCUGCCGGUGAACGGCUUCCGGGAGGUCACAUCGCAGGGGAGCAGCUCCUCCGGCGAGGGCCGGCCGGGGAAAGGAGUGGAUAUCUUAGUGUUCAGCAGUUCGACAGACGCAAAGACUCCGCCCGUAGUUCGAACUCUAUCGUUUGAGAACAGCAAUCCUCAUAAAGAAUCGAGAGUGACUCCUCCGAAAGCACCGUGUAGAGCGGUGGACGUGAAACACAUCACGGGGGAUCGAAAUCCUUCUGAAAGGGUCUUAGGAAGAGCCAGCAGCACGGGGAGUUACAUGAUGGAGGAGAUGCCGUGCGUCUCGACGAAGGGAGAAGGCCCGAACGGUCGGAGAAUCGAAGGCUUCUUAUACAAAUACGGGAAGGGCGAGGAGGUGCGGAUAGUUUGCAUAUGCCACGGGAGCUUUUGGACUCCCGCGGAGUUCGUGAGGCACGCGGGAGGGGGAGAGGUCGCGAACCCGCUUAAGCACAUCAUCGUCGACCCGUCGGCGUUGACCUUCUUAGGAUGAUGAAUUGUCUCUAGAGCAACUUAACUUCUCUCGCAAUUUUUCUCUUUUUUUGCGAACCUUUUUUCGGUUUGGAUGAGUAGAAUCAAUCUCCUUGUUUUUGAAUGGAGUACAAGGUGCCUAUUAAAGAAGGAAAUUGAGGGUAAAAAGGAAAAAAAAAGAUUAAGUAGAAGAGCUCACUAAAGCUUGUAGUAGUGGGGAAAGUGGAAGUUUUAGUAGGUUUCUGGUAUUAGGUUGUUAUUCUAAUUAAGCAAUCUCUUAAUCAUGAAGUUAGUAAUGUAACUUAGUUGGUAAUGAUGAAUUAAUGCACGCGACGCAAAAGCUAUGUUUUUUUGUGA